AUGUGCACGACAGGUUCGGCCGUCGUGUACAGCUUGCAGCUUAGCAACGGCAAAGAAUGCUGGGUCGUGGCUCGAAGGUACAGCGAGUUUCUCAGAUGCCACGUCAAAUUGCUGGAGCUCUUCGACCGCAAGCAACUCCCACCAUUUCCUCCAAAGGAGCCAUUCUGGCAGAAAGUCUUCGGGGGAGAUGGAGCGAGAAGUGACUGGAUGGAAGAACGCUACGGCAAACUGUUCGGAUACCUCGUGGGGCUGCUGGACAUGGAAGGAGUGCUCGGCAGUGAUGCUCUCUUGGAUUUUCUCAAUGCCCCUCGCGCACGUCGAGCUGUGCACCGGGAAAUCGAUGUUCGAGUGCGGCUCACAGGUGAUCCUGGAGGCGUUGAGGCUAGUUGUGAUACGGGCAGAUGCACCCGCCCGAUGUUCUGUGCCUUGGCCGAUAUGGAGCAUACGCAAGCAUUGCUGCCCCCUUUCUCUUGGCAUGAGGUGCGACUAGCGCUGCGGCCAUUCCAAGAUGGCGAGCACCUGGAGGAAGAUGGGCCAUAUCCGGCACAUCCAAGUCUGGACUCCAAGGAUCAGCCGUGGGAGCUCUGGCUAGAAGUCGUUGGCACCACACGUGGUCACUGCCUUUGGUCUGGUCUGAUGCUGCAGCCUGAAUGCACACACAACAUCAUGCCGUCACAUCGGCACCUCAGCCUAGACGAGGGAAUCAGAAGACAGGAAGAGAUGGCUUACAUGAUGCUCACCAAUGACCAAGGGUCCGAAGAUGUGCCAAAGGAGUUGCGGCGGUCGGUGUGGCUCAAGAUGGCACAACUGGAAAUCCAGUAUGCAUCCAGAUCCGGGUUCCAAGCGCGCCUGCCAAUCCAGAAGAAGCUUGCCUGGCAAACUCCAGCAAUGGAGCAGGUCAGGACAAGUUCUCAGACGAUGACGGAGGUGUCAGUCAAGGGGAAGAAGAUGAAGACGAAAUGGAAGAUGUUGACGAGGAUGCAGCAGAAGGGCGACUUCACGGAGAAGAAAGCGAAAUUUCCUUUCACCAGCUCACAAGGCAAGGUGAUUUCCUUCCAAGGGAGCGUGGCGGUGGAGUACGUAACUGGGAAGAUCGAAGAGAAGCAGCGCCUGGCAGCAGAGAAAGCGCCACAUCGCUGGGAGGCGAAGGCCGACGGGCAGAGGCGAUCUGUUCCCGUCGAUCGCUUGGAGGCGAAGUCCGCUUCGGGUGCCGCCGAGCGACUCCAUUAUGGCAACGUGGAGGUACUCGACCAUUCCAUCCAGGCACACCAGGAGCAACAGCUUCGAGAGGAUGAGCUGCGUCUGGCUGCAUGGAUACAUGCGGUCACCGGAGAUCCAGGUGCCGGGCAUGCAUCAGCUGGAAGGGGGUCGCUGCAGGAUGCCUUGCAGUCUGGCGAGGUUCUGUGCGAUCUGAUAAAUGCAAUCUGGCCUGGACGAAUUGUGGGGAUCGCUCGAGGCGCUGCAGCCAAUGUGCUGUUCAGACGAGUGGCGAACAUUACGCAGUUCGUCCAGGCAUGCAGCAGAGAAGGCAUGGCCAAUAGCGUUUUCGUUCCCGGGGACCUCGCCGAGGGCAAAAACUUCCGAAGUGUGCUUCGAUGCCUUUGUGCGCUCGCUCAUCAGGUCCCGGACAGCUACGAAGGGCCACGCUUAGCUCCGCGUAGCAGUGAAGCGACUGGGCGCAGUACUCCAGACCGAAAUGUCUCACACGGCGCGAUGUGA